AAGAAAGAAAGUUUUCGUCUGGGUUGGCUGUGCUUGCUGCGCUACGGGCUUAAACACACAUACCUAUGCGUCAACAUAUAUAUGUACAUUCAUAAUUUACUGUAGCAGAAUAACAAACGAUUUGGGAUUUUGUCUUGCAAUUUUUCAAGCCAGUGAAGCGUCGGCCGAGUUGCUCGUGUUGUUGUUGCUGUUUAAUUGGCCCAGCAACAAAAGAAAUAAUAGUUAAAUUAAAAAAAAAAAAGUAUCUCAAGUGUGUGAUUGUGAAAGUUCUUGCCGAAAAGAAUAUAAAGAAAAAUAAUGUAUGUGAAACGGGCGCUGCUUUUGCUGGCGUUGUUCUGCGCACAGCCGUAUGGUCAUGUGGCUCACGAGGAGGAGUCCAAUCCGUUACUGGACAUGGCAUCUGUCUUCAUACAGGAGGCAUUGUCGAAUCACAAUGGCGGCGGCGGCGGUGCUGCCGGCGGCGCUGGCUCUGGAUUGGCAGGUGUCGCUUCCCUAAUUGGCAGCUUUAUGCAGGCCAAUGGCAAAGCUGGUGGAGGCGGCGGCGGCGGUGGUGGAGGCGCGGCCAUGCAAAUCCUUUCUGGCCUAGGCAGCAUGCUGGCCAACAAUGCACGUGGCGGCAAUGGAGCUGGUGGAGGCUUCGAUCCCUCAAUCAUUGGCAAUGUCCUGGAAAUGUUUACCCAUGGCGAUGACGAGGAUACGGGCGACGCACAGAAGCGCAGCAACAGCGGCGGCGCCGGCGGCGGUUCUGGUAUUGGCCUGGACACCAUUUUGCAAGUGGCAUCCGCUUUCAUGGGCAACCAAGGCGCAGCCGAAAAGCCCGCCACACUACCGCACCAGAAGCAAAAGAGAGCCGUCUCCGAUGAGGAGCCAGAGUCGGAAAAUGGUUUCAUGAAUCUGUUGCCUCUGGUCAUGCAAGCAGUUAGCUCCUUCGCCGGACCCGAGGGUCAGCACACGCAGGAGCGCCACAAGAGCCAUGCAUGGGUAUUGCCCCCGUUCCUGGAGCAUGUGCACGUGCUGUGGGAUCAUUUCUCCAACUCGGAACUGGCAGAUGCGCUCUACGAGAAGUCUGGCGUCAACAAGAUAAUGAAGGGCUUCAAGGGUCGCGAUGGCAAGGUCGAUUACGAUAAACUGUUCGAAUCACUGAAUAAUCAAUCCUUCCGUCGUCGCUGGAUCAAAUCGGCCACAUUGUACUUGGCUGAUUGGGCCAGUUAUAUAGCGAAUCCGGAAAACUAUCUCAGAUACUUCCAGACGGCGCAAAUCAUGUUUAACGGUCUAUUGAAAUCUCAAGGUUAUCCCAAGCAGACCUACUUCGAUCCGGCACGCCCUAGCGAAACAAUUUCGAAUCUAUUGAACCACGUGGCCAAGCAUCAUUUGAAUGUGAAAAUUGAUUCGCGUCAAUACGUGAAGCCCGCUGUUGGCUAUGCCAAGGAGCUGCUCAAACUGGGCCAAGCACGUGGCCUGCUGCAGUUCAAUGCCACCGAGAUCAGUGAUCGAUUAACGGAUACGCUCAACCUAGAAGUUAUCGAACCGGUGCUAAAAGUCCAUCGCGCCUACAGAUACAUCUCUAAGUCGCCGCAAUGCGAUCGCUAUGUGCUCUGUCAGCUAAAUGCAGCUGCUCUCGAGCAGCAACAGCAGCAAGAGUCGAAGAAAUCGAAGACUGCCUCAGCAGCUGGCGGUCUCAUUGCUGGCGUUAGUCCAAAAAUUGUUAAGAUCGGCAGCAUGGGCGCCGCGAUCUUCAUUAGCACUGAAACCGGUACACCGUUCUGGACUCUAUUCGGUGUAAUCAAUGCGCCAUAUAAUUGCGAGGUUAAGUAUCCAGUCGACUGCAUUGGCUUCCACGAGGGCGAGGCCAAGGUGACCACGGAAUACGUGCACAACGAGUUGUAGUUGCUCCAACUACCAACGACGACUGUUAAGCGUGCUUAUUAGGAUGAUAUAGUUUUAAUAAUUGAUAUUUAAAUUAAAAAAGAAACGGAAAACAAAACAAAAAAUUUCAAAUGUA